UAAAAUUCGUUGGUUUAUUAUUUAAAUCGAAUAUUCAUUCAUACAAGUAAUGUUGUUUGGAUUGUUUCAAAUCGAACGGAAAUGUCCAAUAAUCAAAAAAUAAAUGAUUCAUCAUUGAAUCAUGAAACGAAAUCAUCAUCAUCGCAACAACAAAAACAACAAGAUCCAUUAUCGGAUCAAUUAACGGAACAUCCUAGUACAACGAGCCUUGGAUUUGGAACCGAAAGCAGUAUCACUGUCGUUGUAAGCUUAGAACAAGAUGGUAUACCUAAACAAACACCGGUGGCAAGUUUUCCAUUCGAUCAGAAACUUUUCAACAAUGAUGAUAUUUUUGAUUGUUACCUGAUUGCAUUCGAAUGUAGCCAGCAUAAACGUCUAGCAUUACAAAAGAUGUCAAAUCAAUGUUACUUUUUACCGAUCAUUAAAUUUAACAAUGAAAAUGAUUCAUUCGAUAAAAUUUUCAAAGAAUUCAUUGAUUCCAAGAUAAUUGCAUUGCCUAAAGGAAAAAUUUCACCACCCAAAUUCAUUGAUCAAUGGCGUGUACAACAACCAAAAACCGAACAAUUUUUUGUUCGUUUCAUCGUAAAAUCAAUCAUUGAACCAAAAGAAAAGUGUUGUAUUGAUAGCGAUACAGUUCGUUGGCUGAACCAAGAUGAUCUAAAAAAUCUAUUGAAUCCAAUGUCAAAAAAUCUUCUUAUCUGGGGCCUGGAACCGUUCAACAUUCUUAACACACAACAACAGCGUAAAAGUGGCAAUCUAAGAGAAUGUCAAUUUGAAGAUAUUUUACGAUCUAAUGAUCAGAAUAUUAACGAAUUAAUUGAAUCGGCGGUUGAUUGGAAUGAAGAUGAACGAAAAGCAAUCUAUAAUGAAUAUCUUGUCCAUUGUUAUCCAUCGGAAACGAUGUCAUUCCCGGCAUUCAUUAGUUUUGCAUUCAAAAUAUCCAUACUGAAUCAUUUUACACCGAAUGAAUUACGAAUGAUGUAUAAAUCAUUUGAUCGGAAUCAUAAAUUUGCCAUUGAUUUUCAGCAAUUGAUCAUUGGCAUCAUAUUGAUGAUGGAUGAUAAUGAUAUUAGUCAUCGUAGCCCAUAUUGGAAUGAACAAAGAUUCAUAUCAUUAUUUCAUUAUUAUGAUUUAGAUGAUGAUAAUCGUAUCAACAAUGAAGAAUUGAACAAUUUAUUUAAAGAUUAUUAUGAAAAACUUGACACAUUUCUUGUUGAUCAUACAGUGAUUCCAGAAUGGAUGAAACAAGAAAAAAGUCGUGAUAAUUUUGUAAUCAAUAUGAUGCAAAAAUAUACGGAUAAUUCAACAAACGUGACGGCAACACAAUUGGAAAAAAUUGUGAAAGAAUUUUCACAAUCAUAUUCACAAAUACCACAAAUGUGGCAGCUAUUAUAUCGAAUGCCAUUCAAUGUUCUGUCAUAUGCAUCGGUUACGUUUUGUUAUCGAAAAACAUUUCAAUCAUCUUAUUACGGUGAUUUGUAUUUGAAUGGUGAUUACAAACAACAACAACGAUGGCAACAAAUUAAAUGUCAGAAUUGUUUACGAAAUCGAUUUGCUCUUUCAAAUCAAGUAAUUUGUCUAUCACUUGAAGGUGAAAUCAGUGACAUCAUAAGGCUGGAACCAUUUUCCCCAAAAUCAACAUUAUCAUUCAUUGUAGAUAUACCGGAUGAUGAUAUAUAUCUGUUGACCAUUGAUGUUUUAGUUCGAUUACAGCGUUUAUCAUUAUUUUUAUUUGGCAAUGAAAGAUUUAAAGCUGCUGCUGUUAAUAAUAAUGAACAUGAAGAAUUGUUGAGAAAUUGGUUUUUCCCAUCACGAAUGGAAAUGUUGGAAACGAUACGAAUCAUUGUGCAGACUACGAUGGAAAUAUUUGCUAAAGAACGGCGUUGUAUUGAAAUUCAAUCACCAUGUUAUGUAUUUGGUGAUUUACAUGGUAAUUUCAAAGAUCUUAUAACAUAUUCACAAUAUUUUUGGAAAUGUUCACCAUUUUUGAAUACUGGCAAAUAUCUCUUUUUGGGCGAUUAUGUUGAUCGUGGUGAUCAUGGUAUCGAAGUGGUUAUAUUUUUGUUUUGUUUCAAAAUAUUGGCACCAAAUAAUUUCUAUAUGAUUCGUGGUAAUCAUGAAAUACGUGAUGUACAACGGCGAUUUACAUUUUUUGCUGAAUGUGAAAAACGUCUUAGUGUUGAAAUCUGGGACCUGAUUAAUGAUUGUUUUGAUUGUAUGCCAUUGGCUGCCGUUAUUGAUGAUUGUAUUUUUGGUGUUCAUGGUGGAAUUCCGGCAACCAUUUCGACUAUUAAACAAAUUUAUGAUAUUCCAACACCGUUAUCGAAUCCAUUACGACAAAAUAUUGCUGCAUGGGAAAUGCUUUGGAAUGAUCCAAUCAAUGAUAAAGAAUUAUUAUUACUACCGAAAGAACAACGUAAAUAUCUUACCGAUUCAGCAAAAGGAUUUGGUCGAAAUUUUAAACGUGGUACUGGAUAUUUAUUCAGUGAAAAUGCUUUGAAAAAAUUUCGAGAAAAAAAUGGCAUCGAUUUUAUUAUACGUGCACAUGAAGUUUUUGCUGAUGGAUUUUAUCUCUAUUCGCGUGGAAAAAUUAUUACUAUUUUUUCUUCAUCCGGUUAUUCAUUUCCAUCGAAUUCGGCUUCCGUUUCGUUAAUAUCGAAUAAUAAGAUUCGAAUAAUAAAAAUUUAA